AUGGAGCUAGUACGUAUCUUAAAAGUCUUAACAGCAAUCGACUUUUCUGGAAACAAAUUUGAAGGAGAGAUACCAAAGUCCAUCGGUCUAUUGAAAGAGCUUCGUGAGCUUAACUUGUCCAACAAUGCUUUCACUGGCCGCAUCCCUUCCUCUAUGGGGAACUUGAUAGCUCUUGAGUCUUUUGACGUUUCACAAAACAAGCUUUCAGGAGAAAUUCCACAAGAGCUAGGGGACCUCUCAUUCCUUGCGUACAUGAACUUCUCUCAUAACCAGUUUUCAGGUCUAGUUCCAGGGGGAAAUCAGUUUCAAACGCAGCCUUGCUCUUCCUUUGGAGAUAAUCCGGGACUUGUUGGCUCUUCUCUUGAAAAAGUUUGCAGAGAUAUUCACACACCACCAGCAUCACAUCAACAAUAUGAAACGACGGGAUCAGACGAAGAAGAGGUGAUUAGUUGGAUAGCAGCUGCAAUAGGAUUGGUAACUGGUAUUGUAUCUGGUUUGACGUUUGGAUACAUAUUGGUUUCCCACAAACCAGAGUGGUUCAUGAACCCUUUUGGCCGAAACAAUCGUAAAGGCAGCAGAAGCACCACAACUCACUAG